AAAUUUACUAAAAUAAAUAAAAGGAAGACAACAAUCUCAAGAUUUGUUCUUCUGCAAAUAGAAUCAGAGGUGCGAGUAAAUGGGGAGCGAUAAGAAGACGCCGGAGGAGAAGAGGAAGCAUAAGAGAAGUUCGCCUUCUUCUCNUCUAGAUGAAGUGAAAAGCAAACGCCAGAAUAUCAAAGGGGAUGAAGAGCGAAGGAAAGAAAAGAAGGACAAAUCCAAGAAGGAGAAGCACAAAUCCCAUUCUAGUGAAGAGAAGAAGUCAGGGGAAAAGCACAAAACCAAGAGCCACAAACAUAAGGAUAAAUCGAAAAACAAGUUUGAAGAGUUAUCAAAAGAUGAUUAUUUCUCUAAGAACAAUGAAUUUGCUACUUGGCUGAAAGAUAAGAAGAAUUUGUUCUUCUCAGAUCUUUCGUCUGAGACUGCACGCGAUUUAUUCUCUGACUUUGUCAUACAAUGGAACAAAGGAAAGCUUGACAGCCAAUACUAUGAGGGAAUUGCAACCGGGCCUCGGUCAUCCCACGCUUGGAAUAUCAAAAAGUAAUAGAAUUCCAUGUUUCUUCUCUUUAAGGAGCAGUUGUAUUGUCUUUUUUCCAGUUGUCCGAUGGUUAUGUCUUAGGCUUCUGUAUUUUUGUGUUUUCUUUUUUCAGCAGAACAUGCUUAGUCUUAUGAAGUUACUUUCUUGGAUAAUGGUAAAAUCACCAUCUCUGUUGUAAGCUAUGUUGUCCGGACUCUCCAAAAUCCUGCCGCAUCCCCGUCGGACCCUCCAAAAAUGCACAUACUUUUAGAGGAUCCGACACGCACCUGGUAACAUUUUUAGUGAGUCUGGGCAACAUAGGUUGUAAGAGUUCUAUGCUAGUCCUACCACGUGACUGCAUUUAUCAUGGCCUUUGGCUGCAGAGACGGACAAUACUUCUUAUGAUUCACGUAAACUCAAUAGUUUUUAUUCAUA